UAAAUAGUAUAUAUUAACAUGUUAGUGAAACAAUUUAUCACAAGUGAAAAGACAGAUAAAAAAAACAUGCAGUUUCUGAUGUCCCUCUUAGCAUGUUUUGUGGUUCUGUUAUCAGUUUCACUCUCCACUUCAAUUCCAAUUGAAGAAACUUUCAAAAAUUGCCUAUCACUUCAUUCUCAAAUUUCAAACCAAUUUCCCUCUACUAUCUACACUUCUAGCAAUAACUCCUACACUUCAAUCCUUGAGUCCACUGCUCAAAAUUUAAGGUACUUGUUGCCUUCAGUACCAAAACCAGAUUUCAUAUUCACACCAUUCCAUGAGUCACAAGUACAAGCAGCUGUGAUAUGUGCAAAACAGCAUGGUAUUCAUAUGAGAGUACGUAGCGGAGGGCACGACUACGAAGGGCUUUCUUAUGUUUCUCUUAUUGAGAAACCGUUUAUGAUCCUAGACCUGGUUAAAUUUCGUGCAGUCAAUGUUGAUAUUCCACACAACACCGCUUGGAUUCAAACCGGUGCAACUAUUGGUGAAGUCUAUUACAGAAUUUCGGAGAAAAGUGCAGUCCAUGGCUUCCCUGCAGGCCUUUGUACAUCCAUAGGUGUUGGUGGCCUCAUUACAGGAGGUGCUUAUGGUUCUAUGAUGAGAAAGUAUGGCCUCGGUGUUGACAAUGUCGUCGAUGCUAAAAUCGUUGAUGCCAAUGGCAGGAUUCUUGACAGAAAAGCAAUGGGAGAAGACCUAUUUUGGGCAAUAAGAGGAGGUGGAGGAGGUAGCUUUGGAGUUAUUCUCUGGUGGAAGAUCAAGUUGGUUCCGGUCCCGAAAACCGUGACAGUUUUCACAGUAACAAAGAGCCUAGAACAAGGAGCAAACAAACUUCUUUAUAGAUGGCAACAAGUGGCACCAAAUAUUGAUGAGAAUCUCUUCAUCAGAGUCCUUAUUCAACCAGGCAAUAGUAGUGUUCCAGGUCAAAGAACUGUAACUACUUCUUACAAUGCUCUAUUUCUUGGUGGAGCUAACAAACUUCUCCAAGUUAUGAAGCAUAGUUUUCCCGAAUUAGGUUUGACAAGAAAGGAUUGUUUGGAAACUAGUUGGAUCAAAUCUGUGCUUUAUAUUGCUGGCUAUCCCAACGGAACACCCCCAGAAGUUCUGCUCCAAGGAAAACCAACAUCCAAGGCUUACUUCAAAGCUAAAUCAGAUUUUGUGAGGCAGGUAAUACCAGAAACUUCUCUCAAUACCCUAUGGAAAGUUUUUCUUCAGGACGAUGGCCCUUUAAUGAUUUGGAAUCCCUAUGGAGGAAUGAUGAGUAGGAUUGAAGAAUCCGCAACACCUUUCCCUCACAGAAAAGGAACUCUUUACAAAAUUCAGUAUUUAACUGGAUGGAUUGAUGGAGAAAAGAAUAUGGCAAAACAUAUGAGUUGGAUGAGGAAAUUUUACUCCUACAUGACUCCUUAUGCAUCAAAGUAUCCAAGGGAAAACUAUGUGAAUUAUAGAGAUUUGGAUAUAGGGAUGAACCAAAAGAACUGCACGAGCCUUUCAGUGGCUAAUAACUCUUGGGGUUAUAGGUAUUUCAAAGGUAACUUCAACAGGUUAGUGAAGGUGAAAACUAAAGUUGAUCCAUCUAAUUUCUUUAGGCAUGAGCAGAGCAUCCCUCCACUAAGAGUGUAAAAGGCAAAUAGAAGAGAAGAUCAAAGGGCACAGUACAGCAUUCUCUUAAGGCUAGGGUGCUAGAUCAAUUUUCAUUAUCACAAAUAUGGUUAAGUUAAAUUGUUUACAUGUUUGUAUUAUUAACUGAAGAGUAAAGAUAGAUAGUAUGCAUAUAUUUCUGUUCAAUAUUGUGCACAUUUAGUGCACUGAUAAGAACAUGGGAUGUUGCAGAUUUAUGAUAGUGUGCUAUUUUUAAAAUAAAUAAACCGGUGUGUUUGCACUUCAGUUAGGAGUGAAAGCAUUAGUACAGUGAAGUUGUAAUUUUAUUCUCAAAUAUUUUGCUAAUGUUUAAUAUUUUCCCUUAAAAAAGGAAUAUGGAUGGGACAAAGUUAUUAUCACCUAGUAUUUGCCAUCA